AUGUCUCUCUUCCGCAGCAUCCCUUCCGCUGGUGAAUUCGGCCCUCUCUUCCGUCUCCUGGACGACUAUGACCUCCACCGCUCCGGCCAGGGCGCCAGCUCCUCCACCACCACCGCCCGCUCCUUCGCGCCUCGCUUCGACGUCCGCGAGACCGCGGAGGGCUACCACCUUGACGGCGAGCUGCCCGGCAUUGCCCAGAAGGACAUCGACAUUGAGUUCUCCGACCCCCAGACCCUCGUGAUCAAGGGUCGCACCGAACGCGAGUACCACAACUUCGACGAGAGCGAGGAGGGCCAGCAGGAGACCACCACCCAGGAGAACAAGGACAAGGAGAAGGCCAGCGAAAGCACGGAGGUCACCAGGACCGGCGACAAGCAGGUCGGCAAGAACCACAAGAACAAGCCGCACUUCUGGGUCAGCGAGCGCUCCAUCGGCGAGUUCCACCGCACCUUCAGCUUCCCCACCCGCGUCGACCAGGACAGUGUCAAGGCUAGCCUGAAGAAUGGCAUCCUCUCCAUCUUCGUGCCCAAGGCCGCCAAGCCCACCUCCAAGAAGAUCACCAUUGAGUAA